UCAAGUCCCGCCUCAGAGAGUGAUCCGGCUGAAACUAUUUGGGAAUAUAAAAUGAAGGAACUUUGCUUCUCGGCCACAUUAUGCAACCGCUGUGCCCUUCGCGAGAGGCCAUCGCGAGCGCACACCUCUCGGUGACAACAAGCUCCGUAAACUUUUCGUGUCCCGUGGACAGCAGCGCGACCGACUGUUGACGCGUGUGUGUAAGUGUGAGCGCACCGCUGGUUUGGGUGAGGUGGCCGUGAACGGGUGAUUUCGGAGAGUUUUUGUGUGUGCUGUUCGCUCGUUCGUGACUUAUCGCUUGGAACUCAAGAACUCAAAUCCGCUCUUGUGCCUGUUGAGCCGGUCACAGCACGAGCACAGCCAUGGCAGACGGCUCGGAGCGCGCGCUGCAGUAUGAGCAGACCCUGAUGUAUGGGCGCUACACACAGGACCUGGGUGUGUACGCGCGGGAGGAGGCGGCCAGGCUUCGCGAGGAGGCGGACCUUAGGCGGAGUUUGAGUGACAGGCACAAGUCACUGGAGCUGCUGGAUCUAGACAAGGGACGCUGCAGCAGGUGCAGAAGGUAUCGGUACGCCCUGGGAGGUCCUCAGGAUGUGUUUUCUGUCUGUGCAGUACGCUGCCAAAAGUUCCUGAUAUCGCGCGUGGGAGAAGACUGGAUAUUCCUCAUCCUCCUCAGCCUGGUGAUGGCGCUAGUGAGCUGGGCCGUGGACUUCUGCAUCGCAAUAUGCCUACAAGCUCAGAAGUGGAUGUUUGGAGGCCUGGAGAGUAAUGUGUUUCUGCAGUACCUGGCCUGGGUCACCUACCCUGUAGUCCUCAUCAGCUUCUCAGCCGGCUUUACACACAUCGUCGCACCACAGGCCGCAGGGUCGGGUAUCCCUGAGAUGAAGACUAUUCUGAGGGGCGUGGUGUUAAAAGAGUACCUGACACUGAAGACCUUCGUAGCCAAAGUCAUCGGGCUCACCUGCGCACUGGGCAGCGGAAUGCCACUGGGGAAAGAGGGCCCGUUUGUCCAUAUUGCCUCCUUGUGUGCUGCUUUACUCAGCAAGUUCAUGUCUCUUUUCGGAGGCAUCUACGAGAAUGAGUCUAGGAAUAUUGAGAUGCUUGCAGCAGCGUGUGCGGUUGGAGUCGGAUGCUGCUUUGCUGCCCCUAUUGGAGGUGUGUUGUUCAGUAUUGAGGUAACGUCGACCUUCUUCGCGGUGCGGAACUAUUGGAGAGGGUUCUUCGCCGCCACGUUCAGUGCCUUCAUCUUCAGGGUCCUCGCCGUCUGGAACAAGGACGAGGAGACCAUCACUGCGUUGUUUAAAACUCGUUUCCGUCUGGACUUCCCCUUUGACCUUCAAGAGCUUCCUGCCUUUGCAGUCAUAGGUAUUGCCAGUGGUUUUGGAGGAGCUCUCUUCGUCUACCUGAAUCGCCUCAUCGUCCAGUUCAUGAGGAAACAGAAGACCAUCAACAAGUUCCUCAUGAAGAAGCGUCUGCUGUAUCCUGCCCUAGUCACCCUCCUCAUCUCCACCAUCACCUUCCCACCUGGAUUUGGACAGUUCAUGGCAGGAAAGCUGACGCAGAAGGAGUCUCUGGUGACGCUAUUGGACAACCGCACCUGGGCCAAGGUGGGAUUGGCUGAGGAGUUCGACUACAUCGGCAACUCACAGGCCUGGCAACACCCGCAGGUCAACGUCUUCGUCACCCUCGUCAUCUUCAUCGUCAUGAAGUUCUGGAUGUCUGCUUUGGCUACAACCAUCCCAGUACCAUGUGGAGCUUUCAUGCCGGUGUUCGUCAUAGGGGCGGCGUUUGGCAGGCUGGUGGGGGAGAGCAUGGCCGCUUGGUUUCCUGACGGCAUUCACACUGACGGCCUUAUCUACUCCAUAGUGCCAGGAGGCUACGCAGUCGUGGGUGCGGCUGCUCUGUCCGGCGCGGUCACCCACACGGUGUCGACGGCGGUGAUCGUGUUCGAGCUGACGGGCCAGAUCUCCCACAUUCUGCCCAUCAUGAUCGCAGUCAUCCUGGCCAACGCCGUGGCACAGAGCCUGCAGCCCUCCAUAUACGACUCCAUCAUCCGCAUCAAGAAACUCCCAUACCUGCCAGAACUGGGCUGGGGGAAUCACGAGAAGUAUAAUAUCCGUGUAGAGGACAUCAUGGUUCGAGAUGUUCGAUACGUCACCCUCAGCUCCACGUACAGAGAUCUGCACGACAUCUUGCUGACAGGAAGCCUGAAAACACUCGCACUCGUGGAGUCCAUAGAUUCCAUGAUCCUCCUGGGCUCUAUUGAGCGUGCCCAGUUGCAGGUGUUGCUGGCUGAGCAGCUGGGUCGGCCUCGGCGGAUGGAGUACGUCCGGGACCGCUCCCAUGCCGACAAGAAGCGCCUCUCCCAGAUCAGCGAGGACGCAGGUCAAAAGGUCAACCAGGAGGUCCGCUUCCAGAUCUCCACUGAGGAAUCGUCCUACAGCCCUCCUCGCUCUGUGAGCCCUAAACCUCUGAAGUCAUCACUGAAGAGACCCUCAGUCACCGAGCGUCCCACAGAACUGCCAACCAGCCCCCACGAUUCCGGAAACGCACUCAAGAACCUGUUCUGUGCCUACCCAGAGGGAGAGAGCUUGGAGGAUGACCCAUAUGUAGAGGACGACAUGACCAUCAGAGAGAUUGCUGAGUGGGAGGAGCUUCAGCUUGAUGAGCAAAUCAACUUCGACAGCUGCAAAAUAGACCCCGCCCCCUUCCAGCUGGUGGAGCGAACCUCACUGCACAAGACCCACACCAUCUUCUCCCUGUUGGGCUUGGACCAUGCCUAUGUCACCAGUAUCGGGCGACUCAUCGGGGUUGUUUCACUCAAAGAGCUGCGUAAGGCCAUUGAGGGCUCGGUGACGGUCAAGGGUGUGAAAGUGCGCCCCCCACUGGCCUCCUUCAGGGACAGCGGCACCAGCAGCAGCGACACCGAAGCCACAGAGCUGCACAAGCUGUGGGACCGACACACACACACCAGCCUCCCACGCGAACACUCACACACACACUCCGACUCCGACGACAAGUCUCAAUAACACACACACAGAGACACACAUACACACACACACACUCACACACACACACCAGCAUCACACGCACAAUAACAGUCCCAAUAACACACACACACACACAAACAAACACCAGUCUGCCGUGCAAACACUCUCUCACACACUCCAACUCCAAUGACAAGUCCCAAUAGCACACACAUACACACACACAUACACACACACACACACACACACACACACACACACACACACACACGCACACGCACACGCACACGCGCACGCACACACACACACACACACACAGUUAAACUGUGUUCAGAGGAAAUGAGGGAAUGAAAGAUGCACAUUUUCAUUGAAAAGACUCUUAUCUGUCUGUCUCUCUCUCUCUCUCUCUUCCUCUGAUUCUCUAAACUGAUAACAUUAUUAUAAUAUAUAUACAUUGUGAAGUCUGACCAACUCCUGCCUUCACUGGGCAACCAAUCAAAAUCACUUCCUCUUACUGACUGACCAAUCAUAAUGACUUCCUGGUACUGACUGACCAAUAUGCCAUCACUCUGUAAAUUGACUAACCAAUCACAAGCAUUCCUUCACUCCAGACAAGCCAAUGGCAAGCUCUCUUGCACAUGCUCUGAAGAAACACUAAGCUUCUCUGCCUAUGUAGCCUAUAGUGCCUUAACCAAUCAGAAGAGCUAUUUAUCUAACCAAUCAUAAUAGCCAUUCAUUUAACCCCAAGUGCCUUCCACCAAUCACAUUUGCACUUUAAACAAGUACUGACCAAUCACAGAGCUUCAGCUUUAUAACUGACCAAAUCCACAGAUGUUGAACACUAUAUGCCGCAUUGACCAUGACAUAGAUAUGCAUACUAAAUGCCACAUUGGUCGCGACUUUGUAUUGGAUAGAAUGGCUCAAGUCAGAUCACCCUCUGGCACCUGCAACAAGUGUUUUUGGAUGUGCGCACCCUACCCAAAACUAAUCAAGUCAGAUCAGCGCCAUGUUUAGCUGGGAUAACACUGCUAUCAGUCAAUGGCAUGGCAAUACGCACAUUAUCCUGUGUUGACCGCCCCACUUUGUAUUCGAAGGAAUCACUCAAGUUCACCUGGUUCACAGCAGACCAUUAUUACAAGCGAGACAUGGUCUAGAGACCGCCUAAUGAAGUUCUCGUAGGGGGAGGUGUGGUUUGCGAUUUCCAAUGGACCAUUUGUUGGCUGAGUAAGUAGCCCAUAGCCAAUCGUGUCAGUUGUAUUCACACAAAGUGCAAGCUUCCACUUGUCGAGUAGUACGUGUCAUCAUCGUUCCACCCCUUCCCACUCUCGGGUUGGCUCUCUACCUCAGGCUUAGCGCUUUGGGACGAGCAUCCAUGCUGUCUUUCGGAUCAGGCCGAUUGUGCAAAGCAGCAUGGGAUUUUCUGCUAGGCUAGGCUCAAGCCAGAUCACCACCGUGUUUAGCGGGCAUAACGCUGCUAUCAAUUGUUGACAAGGCAAUACGCACAUUGUCCUGUAGGUGGCGGCAACACAAAAUGAUCUAUUAUCUCGUAUCAGCAUGCAAUGCGGCAUGUAGGUGCAUGAUAUCUAUGGAAGUAAAAUUCUAUGUGCUCGCUUUCUCUAUCUUUAUACACACACACGCACACUCCACUACUUUUUUAUGUUGUGGUUCCUUGACCACUUUUGCACUUCUAACCACAACUGCGAUGAUAAACACUGCCUGCUUUAGACACUCCGUACACUCACGGUCUAAUAUUACACACAUGCACACACACGCACACACACACGCACGCACACACACACACGCACACGCCAUCAUUAUGGCAAGUGUGUGUGUUGUGUAUAUGAAGGGCUGAAUGUUUUGUGUAUUUGUUAUAAAUGUGGAAAUAAGAGUUUUGACCAAUCAGGUGCGCAGGAAGAGAGAUCAGUGGCCUCCUUCCCUCAUGCUCGCCUUCUCAUUGGUCUGUGUGUCUGUCUAUAUCCCACCCUCGACCAAUCAGCUGUUAUUAUGGCUUGAAUUGAAGGGAGGCGGGGCUUAUUUGUAACAUGCGUCAUGGAGAUUCCAAUUCCAAUGGUUUUGUAUUUGUUAAAUAAUAAUAAUUUGCCUUUUAAGUUUUGUUUUUUUAGUGUAUUUCACAUGAGUUGUGAGUGUCUGGUUCUAAUGUUAUUACGCUGGUGUCAAAUCUAAUGUUAACUUGUUGCUUAGCGACCGGCUGGAGGGAUGCUCGGCUCUGGCUGCUGCUGAUUGGUGCAGCUGUUGGUUGCCUUAGCAACAGAGGAGUUUGUUUUUAGAUGACCAUCUGCAGACAUAUUUUAAUAUAUUUAACCCUGUGUGUGUGUGUGUGUGUGUGUGUGUGUGUGUGUGUUCAUAUCACAAGAUGUCCGCACAAACUCCCUUGCACAGUCCUCAACCACACAAUUGAAUACACACACGCACACAUACCUGCGGAAAGACACACACACACACACACACACACACACACACACACACACACACACACACACACACACACACACACACACACACACACACACACACACACACACACACACACACACACACACACACACACACACACACACAUAGGUGAGAGAAAAAGUGCUGCCUGUUGUGAAGUGAAUGUUUGGUGGAUGUUGUGAGAUAGUUGUGAGAAUGCUGGGAGUCUGUUAUAGGCCUAAGGUUGCUAUAAGGUUGUAACGUGAGAUUGUGACGUGAGAUUGUUAUAAAGUCGUUGUUGUAAAGUCGUUGUAAGGCUGUUUGUUGUCAUUGUCUUUUUGUGACAUGAGGUUGACAGAACGUGUCCUUCUUGGCCUUAUUGACCUCCAAACAAGAUAUUGAAUAAAACUUCUAUGUCAAUGA